UAUUUGCAGAUGUUCCUGCACCUGAACAAGAAAAGCUUUUUAUUCAAAAACUGCGUCAGUGUUGUGUCCUUUUUGACUUUAUUGCUGAUCCACUUAGUGAUUUGAAAUGGAAGGAAGUGAAAAGGGCUGCUUUGAGCGAAAUGGUGGAAUAUAUCACACACAACCGCAACGUUAUCACAGAACCUAUUUACCCAGAAGUAGUACAUGUGUUUGCAGUGAACAUGUUUCGAACGUUACCACCGUCCUCUAACCCUACGGGAGCAGAGUUUGAUCCUGAAGAGGAUGAACCAACGCUGGAGGCUGCGUGGCCUCAUCUACAGUUGGUGUAUGAAUUUUUCUUGAGGUUUUUAGAGUCUCCUGAUUUUCAACCAAAUAUAGCAAAGAAGUACAUUGACCAGAAAUUUGUAAUGCAGCUAUUAGAAUUAUUUGACAGUGAAGAUCCACGUGAGCGAGACUUCUUGAAAACAACUCUGCAUCGUAUCUAUGGAAAAUUCUUGGGCCUAAGGGCUUAUAUCAGAAAACAAAUCAAUAAUAUAUUUUAUAGGUUUAUUUAUGAAACUGAACAUCACAAUGGUAUAGCAGAAUUAUUGGAAAUUUUGGGAAGCAUAAUUAAUGGAUUUGCCUUGCCAUUGAAAGAAGAACACAAAGUUUUCUUGCUGAAAGUAUUGUUACCACUCCACAAAGUAAAAUCUCUCAGUGUCUAUCAUCCACAGCUGGCAUACUGUGUGGUGCAGUUCUUAGAGAAAGACAGCACUCUCACGGAACCUGUGGUUAUGGCAUUGCUCAAAUACUGGCCAAAAACCCAUAGUCCAAAGGAAGUGAUGUUUCUAAAUGAAUUGGAAGAGAUUUUAGAUGUAAUUGAACCAUCAGAAUUUGUAAAAGUUAUGGAACCCCUAUUUCGACAGUUGGCUAAGUGUGUUUCCAGUCCACACUUUCAGGUGGCUGAGCGAGCCUUGUACUAUUGGAAUAAUGAGUACAUCAUGAGUCUAAUUAGUGACAAUGCUGCCAAGAUCUUGCCCAUUAUGUUCCCAUCCCUGUAUCGUAAUUCAAAGACACAUUGGAACAAGACUAUCCAUGGAUUAAUUUACAAUGCUCUGAAACUCUUUAUGGAAAUGAAUCAGAAGCUAUUUGAUGACUGCACCCAACAGUUCAAAGCAGAAAGGCAAAAGGAGAAAGCAAAAUUGAAAGAACGUGAAGAGGCUUGGCUCAAAAUAGAGAAUUUAGCAAAAGCAAAUCCACAGACACUGGGUUCCUUUCAAAACUGGUCAUCCUGGGAACUGUCCAUGUGCCCUGUCUCCAAAAAUCAGUAUCAGCUUUUUAUUGAACCCAGUGGCAUGAAUAGUCCAGUUGCCAUGGAAACAGAUGGUCCAUUGAUAGAUGAUAUCCAGAUGAUUAGAAAGGCAGUAGAAGAUCAAGCAACUCAGGCACAGAAAGAUCUUCGAAAGGAUCGUCCACUUGUGCGUCGCAAGUCCGAACUGCCUCAGGAUAUCUACACCAUGAAGGCCUUGGAAUCCCAUCGCCGGGCUGAAGAGAUUAUAUCUGCUCACGAUGGGCAUUAGGCUAUUUCAACAGAAGAAUAUUGUAUAAAGCUGUUCUCUGAACUCGGUCUAUUGUAGAAGCUAUUAUGCUUUGUGCCAUACCAAUCAGCUAUACGUUUAAGUCAAUGCUUUCUUGAAUCCAGUUUGUAGGCAAUAACUUUACCACGUAUGAAGUCAAGUCUGGGUAGUUCAAACAAUGGUACAUAGGGUAUUGUGCUUUCUACAAUCUCCAUCAAACGAUGGAGCUAAAUUUGAGCGUUGUCAUGUCCACAGAGCCAUUGUAUAAAAUUUGUUUUGCAUUUAUAGUUAUCUUUUUAUUUACACCUGUAUUUGAAAAUAAAUGGGACAAUGAGUCUAAAUUUCUUUGAGAAGUCACAGACUGCAUUUUUAGUACUAAAACCAUUUUUGUUUUUGCAUUGAAUGUAUUCAACCCAGGAUUCUAUUGCAUCCAAAAAUAUAUUAGUAUAAAUGUAAAUGUCAACAGUUCCUGGACUCAUUAAACAUCUUGCACUAAAUCUGACUAUUUAAAAGAAGGAACCUGCCUGAUUUUUAAAAGUAAAUUAUAUCAAUCUACUAUAUGAAAAAGUAUCUUUUGGGGAUAUUAAAAGUAUUGACAUGAUUUUUAUCCGUACAAUUGUACCACAUAAUUUAAAACACAGGAUUUCAACUUUAGGUAAAUCACUAACUUGAAAUUCUAAGCCUGAUUUAAUUCCCCAUUAAUAUAUAAAAUAACUAUUGAUUCCUGCUGGAUUGGUUAAGAUCAAAACUUUUUAUUCAGGUACUUUGACAUUUUAUUUUAUCUUUUGUAAGGUUUGUCAAAGUUCUGUACAUGUUGUCUGUCUUCAUGUCUGUUACACAAGGCGAGUGUUAACAGUUCUGAUGGAACUCUUCAACGUACUGAAUUGGCUGAGGCAAGAAUUCUCAGGGUUCACUAUUUUAAUCCAUUCCUCCUUGUAUUAAUGUUCUCCAGUGUAACUUUCCUGGUGUUUUUAUAAUCUGUCUUGCCAGUUUGCUGGUCUACUUUAUGAAAUUGUUCUGCCUCAAAACUAAGAACUUUGAGAUCCUUUGUAAAGAAUGGAUCUGGAAAAUUGUCACACUCCUAAUUUAAUACUCGCCAGAUUUUAGAAAUGAAAAAUGUCACACACAUUUCUAACUUUAAUGUGUACUAGAUUUCACAACACCCGUUCGAAUGAAGCUAUGAUGAGCUAGGCAAGUGAAACACCAAGAUAUGUAUGUGUGUUGUCAGUUGUGUGAAAUAGCUGAAUAUGACUGGUGAUCAGAAACUGGUCAGACAAAAACAAAAGUGUGUGCGUAUAUUAUCAAAACUCUUGUUCAAUCAAUCUCAUGUAAUUUUAGCAUCGUUUUGAAAGUGGUAGCUGAUCAUCAGGUUUAUAUUGCAAAAUAGUGCAUGGUAAGAAUAUCUGCAAAAGCAUUCAGCUAAAUUAUCUUCUAAACUGUUCUCACCUCUGUUUACCUUACUUUAAUCUUUUAUUCUGAGCCUAGUGUGCUAAAGGAAUUUUAAAAUUGUAGGGGUAUUCAGGACUGUAAAGAAAAGAACAAAAUUUGAAGUUUUACCAGCAGAAACAUAUUCAAAUUUCAGAAAGCACUUCCUGUUUAACUUGAAAUGUGAAUGCUAAAAUAAUCUCUCAAGCAUGUUGGAAAAUCUACUUUGUUUUACAUGCGUUUUUUUUUCUUAGCAGUUGUCAUGGAAAUCUACCCCCAAUAUCUUUCCUUUUAGGAGAGAUGGGUGCUUUUACUAUGUGGUAUCUUCCAUGCUUUUGCCGCAUUUUAUUUAUAUACCAUUGUUUGAACUUCCGUCUUGCUUACUAGUAGUUUAUCUCUCAUAUUCAUUGGUUUUGGGUGUUCAGCAGUAUGUUUGUGUGAGGUGUUCGAGAAGGAUUGUAACUUUAUUUUGGCCACUAGUAAGUGUAUAUUGUUUGUAUACAGUUUAGAAUAUGAUCCUGUCUUUAGCAGUUUCCCCUUAUUUUGACUUACCUAUUGAUCAAGAUUGACACUCACCAAACUACAACUUUGAAUUGCCUUUUUUCUGUUGGAAUGAUUGGGAGAAUUUUCAUAUUAAUUGGUGAUCUUUAUUCUAUUAAAAAAGGUCAGUCCUUGUUUUUUGGUUUACAUUGGAUGAUGUGCAGGUAGUUGUGGUAAUUUUCACCUGCUUGGGCUGUUACUAAAAAUACUAGUAUUGUAAAUAAAAGCAAAACAUAGUGGAUGCUGGAGAUCUGAAAUAAAACUAGAGUGCUGGAGAAACUCAGCAGGAGUGGCAGAAUCUGUGGAGAGUGUAACAGAGUUCCAAAGAAGAGUCAUUAGGCUCAAUGUUAACUUUGUUUCCUUCUCCACAGAUGCUGCCAUACCUACUGAGUUUCUCCAGAACUUAGUUUAUAUUAUAAUACUAGUGUUGUGCUAGUUACUGUGCAAAACAUUGGGAUUUGUUGUCAAUUCAUUAAUUACAGAAUUUAAGUCAAAACUAAAUGAUUAGUUGGUAUAGGGUAUGUGGAAUCUGGAAUACUGAGGUAAUUUAGUCAUCUUGAGUGUCUUUUAAUCAUUCUGUAGAUAAACCAGCACAAAAUGGAUACCCCAUAACCAGCAUGUGAACAGUUUGAUUUGUUAAAGAAGUUCUUAAAUGUCUGAAGAAAAGGUGAUUCCAAAGCUUGUUCUGGUGUCUGUUUUUCUUUAAAAGCAGCUUUAUGAUUGACAUCUUUUAAGUUUAUUUGUAUUUGCUUUUUUUUAAAAAAAAAAGCCCAGUACAAGAGGAAUGUCCAGUAAUAUGACAAGUGACCUUUAGUGUGAUACCUACAUAAAUGGCUUCAUUUUAAUAUUGUACAUAUGUUGUACUUUGUUUUAAGUAGUGUAAUAUCUAAUAAAGUAGAUUUCAUAUUUUGUA